AUUUAUAGGAACUCUGAUAGGAUGGAUAAUAUGGGAUCCCCAACACCUGAUGGCACAGAAGGAAUUGUCCAUGUAGAAAUACCUAAAACAGAUACAGAUGGAAUUAGCACUGAUUAUUUGAUUGGCUGUAUCAUACACUAUAAACGUUUUGUAAAUAAGGUUGAUUCUUCUUUGUAUGGAGGGUAUGACUAUAUGUUGAUUUUGCCAGUUAACAACAACAACAACAAGAAAUAUGAAGACAUUAUUGAUAUUGAAGCAACAUUUUAUAAUUUUAAAGAGCGAAAACCACAGUCUUUGAAGUUGGAGCUUGAGGUUGGAUUUGUGGAGGCCAAGCAAUUAAGUCACCAAUUCCUGCCUUGUUGCAUGGAGGACAAAAAGAAACGUGAUAAACGUACAUUGAAAGGUCCAAAGUCUGAAUCUGAGGAGGCCCAAAGCUAUGUUUCAAAGUACAGCAAAACUGUUGGGAUAGAUAUUUUAACAUCAAGAGAAUUUUGCAAGCAGGGAAAUGAAUUGUUUGGCAUACGUAAAUCUGACAAAACAAGUAGGGCUAAAUUUGUGUCAUUAAAAUUUAGCAAAGAUGAACCUGGUGUCCUUGAAAAAUGUUUUGAUAUUGACGUUUUGCAUCCUUGUGGCAUAUUGCUUCAUGGGAUUGAGGGUCCUGUGAAGGGAAAAUAUGACGUUAAAGUCAUUGGGAGCUAUUCACUUGUGGAUGGGAAGAUCACGUACAAGCUCAUAUUGGAUGAAGUGAUGCAGACUACUCAAAGUGCCAGCAAUGGACAAAAAGCUGAAGCAAUGAACAGUGACUCUGUUUCCUGUGGAAGUGUGCAGCCAUCAGACUCUCAGCCUGAAGAUAAUCAAGCAAAUGCAAAUAAAACAAAUAAAUUAGGAGCAGUUGCUACCAACGAACUAAAUAAUACAGAAGGUGGUCGCUCUGGGAGUUCUGAACUAUUUGAGAUUGAUGAGUGUGAGCCUUGUGCCUUGGAAAAAUAUGAAAGCGAUGAGAAGCAUUCUACAGUUAAAGAUGAAAUUGGUGAAAAGACUACUAAACAUGUACUAAAAGAUGAUGAAAGUGAUAAGAUUUCAGUUGAAGAUGACAUUUUUGAAGAGAGUGAUGUAUACUUAGAACAAGCCACUACAGAUGAAAAUACUGCAAUCGAUUCAGGUGCUACCAAUGGACAAAAUAUUUCAGUAUUCAGUAAAGAUCACGGAGAUAAAGAAAAGAUUGUAGGAAAGGAUCUUACAAAAUCUCAUGAAGCCUGCACGAGUUCAAGAUCAGUUGAAACAGAAGUACUCCAGCUUGAAGAGCUUAAAAAGAUUUUGGAAGUAUUGAAAAUUCCACUGGAAAGGUUGCGAGAAGGGAAAUCUGUGAUAAAAAAUCCAGAAGAAAUGCUGAAAGAGGUUAAUCGUGCUCAAGAAUUGAUAACCACUGUAAAAUACACGAAAAAAGAUUUAACUAGUCUUGAUGCAGAGAUGAAUCAACUGAAAGAACUGGAAGAACGCUUGCAAGAGGAUAUUAGAAUCUUUCACUCUAAUGCAGAGGUUGAAGAUCAGUUUGGCACGGAGCACAUAAAUGCACUCCAUAAUACUUUGGCAAAAAGAAAUGAGUGUCUGGAUUUAAUAGAAGAAAAGCAUUUUUCUAGUCAUGAUCAGCAGGAAUAUGUGAUCCAAAAGAUCAAUUCUAUAUGCCUUUGUGCAAUUUCAAAGAUUGAAGAUAGUAUAUAUCAGUUAAAGCAGAACGUCUCAAAGACCAGGAAAUAGGUUACUUCACUCGUUAUCGUUAUUGUUCUCACAGUUGAUCUUGGGAAUACAUCAGAAGCAUUACAUUUGCUUUUUGUGGUCGCCCACUAUAAACGAAAAUUGCGGCAACAAUAAAAAUAGGUGAGAGUACGCCUAAUAAUUAAAAUAAUGUUUUCAUCGAGGAAUGCAACAUUAGGAAUUAAUUGAAAAGAUAUAGAAAGAUCACUCGAAAAGUUGAUUAGUUUAAAGAGUAUAAAUAUAAUGUAAAUUCGAUUUACUGACAAAAUUUACAAAGUUUGUAAUGAAUUUUGCGUACAUUCUGUAAAUGUCUUGUAAAUUUUGCUCCACCAAAUAUUGUAAAUGUGGUCUUGUAAAAUCAAUUUUUAGUCGAGCAACGCCUCUUUCACGGCCAGUGACCACACUAAAUAAAUCAUAGUUUGUACUAAUUCAGUAAAAUUUAGUAAAAGUUAUUUUUAGA